AACUGUGACAUCCACUCCUGCAUCUCGGAGCAUGUGUCCAAGAUCCGUGGACGGAAACACCUCCUGGAUCCCAUUGAUUAUAAGGUGAAGAAUCAGGAGGUGGAGGCCUUAAUCCCCAAAGGCAUGUCGGAGCUCACCAAACAGCAGAUCCGCUAUCUGCUACAGACCCGGUUGACGGCUGAUAAGACCAUGCGCCUGCUCCUGACCACCUUCAGUAGCCUGAGAGAGGAGCUGCUGCACAUGCAGGAUGACCUGCGUCGUCUAGAGAGUGAAAAGGAGGAGCUGGAGAGGGAUUUGAGCUUCAAGUCUGACCAGGCCCUGCAGUACGACCGCCUGAUUGAGAGUCUGCGAGACAACAACCGGCAGCUCCAGAUUACCUUGAAGGAGACCACCAACUCCCAGCAUAGCCUCGAGACGCACCUCCUCAGCAGUCGCAACAGCGACUCCAGCCGUGAGUUCCGCAUUAAGGAGCUGGAGGGCAGCAAGAAGGCCCUGGAACAGGAGAACGAAAUGCUCAGGCAAAAGAUGGUGGGCCAGCUCAGUAGCUCAACUCUGAAUGCCAAGACCGAGGAGCUGUCACGCCAUUACAACCAGAUGCUCUCCUCCCUGCGUGAGGAGAAGGACAAGGAGCUGCAGACCCUCCGGACCCAGCUUAUAAGGAUCCAGACAGAACACACCACAGAGCGCACUACUGACCGGAGCCUGGAGCUGCGCAUCACGGAACUCCUGGCCACCCUGGAGCAGCGCGACAGCCUGGUCAAACGCCAGGAGGAGGAGAUCAAGCGACUUCAGGCCGAGAAAAACAGCGCUGCACAAAAUGUCACCAGGACUACCGUCACAAAAAGGUACCGCAACCAGUAUCCCAUCCUGGGCCUGCUCGGCGACGACUACCAGUACACGUCCUCAGUGAAGGAGGCCAAGACCAUUGUGAUCGAGAAGACUGGAGAGAUAAUCAAACAGGAAAUCUUUACCACACCUUAAAGAACAAAACAAAACAAAACUGCUUCUCUCUGACAGGAAUGAAUGACAUGAAGACCCAGGAGCCUCUCUCUCUCUGUCUGUCUCUCUUUCCCCCCCAU